AUGAGUCAGAACGAUCCUGCAACCUUUGACCAGUCUGCUGAACGCCAUGAUCGCAGUUCUCGACAGUCCAAAGACCGUCACAUCAGCCUCCGUGGUCGGUCUCACGUCACACUCACAGGUGACCGGGGAGUUGACCUCGCCCGAUCCCACCGUGCCGAGGAUCUCGCUCGAAAUUGGUCGGCUCAACGGAAACGCAUCGUAUCCGCAGUUGCAUGCAUCUCAACUGCACUGAUUGGUAUCCUCACAGGUCUCUACGCUGGCCUUGUUCCCUCCAUCCAGUACUACAUCGCCGAUCUCGACCACCAUGCGAUUCUCGGCAACGUGGUCUUUUUCAUCGCCCUAGCCAUUCCAAGCCUUUUAUGCUGGCCUCUACCCCUGAUGCACGGACGAAAGCCAUACAUCCUUGGGGGUUUGACUCUCGCAAUGCCAUUACUCUUUCCCCAGGCUGUGGCUGUAUCAGAGCCAAGAAGCCCGUCUACGAGCAGCUGGCGCUGGUGGUUGCUAGGAUCCCGAGCCUUGAUGGGGCUGGUUCUGGGGUUUGCGAGCAUGAACUUCCACUCGAUACUGACCGACGUAUACGGUGCAUCUUUGAUGAGCGCCAGGCCACACCAAGAGACCGUAUCGGGCGAUGAUGUUCGAAGACAUGGUGGCGGACCGGGUGUGUGGCUGGGGAUCUGGACGUGGUGCUGGAUGGGCUCACUUGCCAUUGGGUUCCUUCUCGGUGCGGUCAUAAUCGACAAUACCAACCCUUCGCUGGGCUUCUAUCUUGGAAUCAUAAUGAUCUCUGCCGUCUUAUUCCUCAACAUCAUGGCGCCGGAGACAAGGCCGUCACCAUUUCGAAGGUCUGUGGCACAGGUCCGUUCGGGAACUCAGAUAUGGCAGCGGAUAGGUCGUGGAGAGGUCAAACUUCACCGUACACAGUCUGGGCCCAAAUGGUGGGGGCAAGAGGCGUACCACGGCCUGAAGCUGUCUCUCGAAAUGAUCAGGCAGCCAGGGUUCGCUAUCCUAGCACUCUACUCAGCUUGGAUUUAUGCCCAGUUCGUCCUCAUCAUAUUGUUACUCGGAUCUUUGACAUCAAAAUACUACCGCAUGAGAGCUUCUUCGGUUGGCGCAUGCGUAGCAACGAUGGCCCUUGGUGCUUUUGUUGGCAUCUUUUUCCAAAAGGAUAGCUUCUUGGUUCGCGUACAUCGCGCGCUCUUACCGGGCUUUCACCCAGACCCGACGCAGAUGCGCCGCCUUGUCUUUGCCAUGCUGUUGCCUCUCGUCGGGGUUGCAUAUACGCUGUCAUCAAGCGGCAGGCCCACACCUGUUGCGAUCCCGGUGGUCUUUGCCGCCGUCUUUGGGUUUCUGUCCUGCCUCGCAGUGUCGGAAUGCAACGGCCUCAUCAUGGAGACGUUCGAUUGUUCUGACCUCCAACCAGGGAUGACGGGCCCACAGUCUUCCAACUACUCCUCCUUUCCACGCGUGUCUGCCGGUUUUGGCGCUGUGCAUAGCCUGGGCUACAUUCUAGCCGCGGGGUCGACCGGCCUCGGAGGGAUGCUGCAGCGCAACAUGGGCCAGCGCAUUGCGACGGGAACCAUGGCCGCCAUCCUGGCGUUCCUGACGCUGCUCCUCUCGUCGGCCCUCUUCCGCUUCAAGCAGGUGCAGAUUGUACCCAAGAUGGCCGAGGAAGAGCUCCGCAAGCUAGCGGCGGUUCAGGAGUUGUGCAGCCGACGCCCGUCGUCCGCCAGCACGGAGCAGGUGGCCAGAGCGUGCCGAGAUGCCGAGAGCCUGCGGCGCGCUUUGUUGGUCGGGCAUCCCACGGGCGUCCGCCGCUGGGUCAGUCUGCUCGAACUUGGCGCCAUGACACGCUGGACCGAGAUCAGGCGCAAGAACAGGCUCAUCGACGAGCGUGUCAAGCACCUCAAUCGCGCUGCCCUCUGGGAGCGCACUGCUCUCUACUAUCAACUUGCCAACGAAAUUGGGGGUGAGGGCGGCACCAGGCCCGACAAGCCCCUCCCGCCCUUGCCUUUAGGGGCGAGGUUGGAUGGUGACACUGGUCGCAAGAGGCGGGGCGAUAACGAGGUUCUUGAAGAUAUUGAGCUAGUGGACAUGGCCCCACGGAUGCAUGGCAGUCAGGAACGACUUAUUGGCUAG